UAUACAUACAUAUGUUUAAUAGUUCACCUUUAAGUUAAAAAGCUUAGUACAGUAUCGCACAAUCUAAGAUAACCCAAGAUGUGAGUUCUAAAGGUUAGCAACUCUCAGCUUUUCCCAAUUAAUCGCAAUAAACCUUGUCAUAAUAAUAGGUACAGUAGUUUUUUUACUAGGUAAAAUAGACUUAAACUUUGUAAGUUUAAAGUACAGCUUCUUUACAAGGGAUAGUUGCUAAGUAGUCAUUCCAAUCAAUCAGAUCAGUGAGAAUUAAUCAAGUGUCGAUUAAAUCAGCCGAUCAUUAAGUACUAAUCCAUUCGAUAUUUUUAGGUGGAAUCCCAAGCCUAUGUGGGCAAUAUUAUUGCACCUCCACCACAAGAGUCUUAGCAGCAAUCCCCUUAGAUUAGAGUGGAGGGUUCAAAGUCAUUAAGAAAUUACGUCACCUCUUCUCCUCAAGCCCCUUUAUCAUAUAAAUCUAAUAAUAGUUUUCCUCUUUCAAAACCUUCCUUCGUUGAGUACUACCCUCCAGUAUAUGUGCCUCACGUAGAGCCUAUAUAUACCCAAACAAUAAUCACUAAUCCGAUUCAAGUGGUUGACUUAAUCAAGUUUGAAGAAAUUUGGAGUAGAAGAAUAAAAGUACUCGAACAAAUGUUAGAGUAAAAAAGUUAAGUGAAUGUUGAAACUUAAAACUAUGAGUUAAGAGCAUCAUAUAGCGAUGAUAGACAGACCAUUACCGACCUAUAAACUGAACUCUUUAGUGUGAAAACUUAAUUAGAAGAUAGAGAGGCAGUAAUUACUUUACUGAAACAACAAUUAUAAAAUGCAACAGAAUAAGCUGAGUUUGCAAACAGUAUAUUUAGAAAUAUAAAUUUAGAGUAACACAGGAGUACUUCCAAUAUUUUGACCUAAGAAAUGCAGAUUAAAAUUACAACUCUACAAUAAACCAUUGAUAAAUUAUAAUUAAAUUUGACAUCAGUUUAAGAAAUGGUAGAGAAAUAUAAAUAAGAAAACUAUUCAUUACAAUGUGAACUCAAAAAGCAACUUGCAACAUUGAAUGAAAAAGAGGAAAUCAUAAUUAAAUUAAGAUAAUAAUUAAAAUUGACUCUUGAUUAGUAUAAUUUAGAUGCAUGUAAUUAUUUAAUUUAUUUUAGAAUCGAACAAGAAUGUUUCUUAAUAAAAAAUAUCUGAGUUAUAAAUUGAGGUGACUUCCCUUGAGCAAACCAUAGCAAAUUUACAAUCAAAUUUGAAUUCAAAAGAUAAUUAGCUUGAGAGAUUGAGAAUUGAAAUCAACCAACUUUAAAUUGAAAAAUAACAAAUCCAUGACUUAUGCAUUCAGAAGGAUGGUACAAUAUCUAAUUUGUAAACUGAAUUAAAUGAACUCUAUUAAUAAGUAGAUUAAAUGAGUGAAGAAAUCACAACAACUUAGUCUAUCAAAACCUUUGAAGAAGAAGCUAAAAUGUGGAAAUAAAAGUUUAAGGAAUUAAAUGAUACUUAUCAUGCUUGCUAAGAAAAAUUAAUGGUUAGAGAUGCAGAAUAUGAAUCAUUAAUUAAAUAACAAAGUCAAUAAAAAAUAGUUACUUUAAGCACAGUGAUAAAGUAAAAUAGUUCGCGAUCUGUUUUAAAUGUAAUCAAUUUCUUAUAUUAAAGAAUUCUGACUAUAGAUCAAGCAGUAUGAUAUAGAAUGAGGUUGAUAAAACUUAAACCAUCCAAAAAUCCCUUAGGAUGUGAGAUUUAUUCGUGUUAAACAUAGAUGUUAUAUUUUAUAAAUUGUAUA